AAUCAAUUUAUACAUUCAAUAUCAAAAUAUAAUUGCAUUGUUUUUUGACCAAAAUCUAUUAAAAUAUAUUGCAGAAUGUACUGGCAAAUUUAUUCCGUUUUGUUAUUAUGCGUUACAUCUUCUUUUGCAAUGAAUCAGGAAGCUAAUGCAUCCGAUGAAUUAGAUAUAGAAAAAAUAUUCAACACCUAUUGCAAACCUAAAAGGUAUUCUUCACAUAUUGUGCCUAUUAAUUUUUGUGUAAAUGGAAUGAAAAAUAGUAAAGACAAAAAGAUACAAGGAAUUUAUAAAAAAUUGGUAAGAUUCAAUGGAAUGGAAUAUGUAAGUUCGAAUAUAUUGUCACUAAUUGACAAGAAUAAAUAUCCUCGUAUUCCAGACAAAUGUGUAGAAGAAUAUAAUAAAACGUUAAGUGCAAUUUUACAUUCUGACACAGAACAAUCCGGAAUAAUCUAUAAAUCUAAAUUUAUUGAAAAGGCUCAGGGCAAUCUUGAUGAACAUCUAACAAAUGUUAUAUUGAGCUAUUUUGUAGCCGAUGUUUUUAAUUAUGAAGAACAUUUAUUAAAAAUAAGACAACAAAUUAUUUUACAAAAUUCUAAAAUUAUAAAUUGGCAGAAUAUUAAACAUGUUUUGUAUAAACGAUUUUUAAACGAAGAUUAAUAAAUCAAUAUUUUUACU